CACGCCCGGCCCGGUGGCCUCUGCGACACCAUGCCCAGGCCCCUUGCUGGCCUCGCGAUCCUGUCGGUGAAGGAAAAGGCUGCUGCCGUUGCUGCCGCCACUGCCGCUCAGUAGGUCGACGCCUGCGCCACCAUGUCGGCCGACCACGCCCACUUGGACGACAAUGACAUCGCCUCACCAACACAUUCGUCCCACACGCCCGACAACCUCGAUCCAGACGGUCGCGCCUCGCCUUCGCCUUCACCCUCAGGCAUCGGCGCCUUCUUUGACGACGAAUACGCCGCUACUGCAGCCGCCACUGCAGCCACAGCCGCCGACCGCCAGUCCGAGGAGCCCUACCGCGCUCCGCCUCUCCCCUUCAGCACUGGUUUCUUUGACCAUAUCCUCAACCCGGCCGGCCUCGACCACGGCAGAUACUCCCCGUUUGACUGGCGACCCUACCGCCCUCUACAACCAGAGAUGCCUCCUACCACGCGAGCACAUCCACAGGGGUCACAGGCUUCACAGCGACCCGACCGCCUGGCAAAUGGCUACGUAGACCUGACCAGCGCUCCAGACUCGCCCCCUCGCACAAGGAAGAGACAGUCGCCUACACCAGGCCCCUCAGCAAAGCGGCGCAAGAGAGAAGAUGGCACGGCCAAGGAGGCUAAGCAGCAGAGCGUGGAGCCUGUCACGGUGGAAGAAGUUGACUUGACUGAGAAUUCGUCAGUCCAACAGGUCUUGCAGAAGCAACGCGAGGAUGCUGUCAAGGCGCAAGCCAGGCCUGAUGAGGCAUUCACCACGUUCAACUCUUUUAAUUGCGUCAUCUGCAUGGACAAUCCCACCGACCUCACAGCUACAGCAUGUGGCCAUCUGUUCUGCCACACCUGCCUCAUGGAAGCCCUCAUUGCCGGCGAGAACCGCACAGGUCCCCAUGAGACUAAACGUUCGCAAUGUCCCGUGUGUCGAAAGACAAUCAGUCGCAAUAAGCCCUCCGAUGUCAUACCCUUGCUGCUCAAGAAAGGUCUUUCGACACAGCCCCGGAAGAAGAAGACGGCUGCACCAGCCGCAACUGCUUCACCCAAGUUUUGCAUAAGAAGUCCGUAUCUCAUGCUAAGACAUCUACUAGCUAGCUCGGAAAAAAUCACAGCGCCCACCUCGAAGGUCUACACGAUUCACGAGACGGAUCUCCAGCAAUUCCGAAUAUGCAUAAGCCUAAAGGCAGGCCGAUACAUCUACAGUGGGCCGCUCGUCAUUGCUACAGCUUCACGGAAGAUCGCUAUUCUUGGUGCCGGCGAUGUAGGUGCCACCAUUGCCUACUCACUCAUCAUGGACCCGGUCGCGGGUGACAUCUUGAUAGUGGAUCCAAAAGAAGAAGUUCGCGAUGCUCAGGUACAAGACCUUUCCGAUGCCACAUUUCAUGGAAACACCACAACGCGCAUAAGAUCAGGAACACACAAAGAAGCCGGGCAGUGCGAUAUUGUAGUCAUAACCGCCGGCGCAAAGCAAAAGAAAGGCGAGAGCAGAACCGACCUCAUCGGCCGCAACAAAGCUAUUCUUGAAUCCGCUAUUAGCGAUAUGAAACCUUUUCGUCCAGAUACUGUCCUGCUUCUCGUCGCCAACCCUGUCGAUGUACUUACCUACUUUGCCCAACACUUUUCUGGACUUCCCAAACAGCAAGUCAUCGGCUCCGGCACUUUCCUCGACUCAGCGCGCCUCCGUGGUAUCCUUGCCCUGAAAGCUGAAGUCGCAGCGUCUAGUAUCGAUGCCUACGUCUUGGGCGAGCACGGCGAAUCUCAAUUUGUCGCCUGGAGCCUUGCUAGUAUUGGAGGUGUACCUCUCGAUGAAGCCAUUGAAUCUAGUCAAAGCAUUGAUAAGAAGGCCAUUGCAGAAGAAACCAAGAAUAAAGCGACAAAAAUUAUUCAAAGUAAGGGUGCGACCAAUUAUGGUAUUGGUGGGGUCGCAGCCAGUAUCUGCAAAUCUAUACUUUUCGACCAGAGGAACAUCCGGCCAGUUAGUCACUAUCAGGAUGAUCUGAACGUUUGUUUGAGUGUGUUGGCGGUUUUGGGGAGGAAGGGAAUUGUAAAGAGUGUGCCAAUGCCAUUGAGCAGCGAGGAGAAGGAGCUGUUAAAGAAGAGUGCAAAGGCAUUGCGGGAAGUUAUUGAAGCGUAGAGUUUGAUGGGCACGCAAGUAGUCGAUGAUAGAUAUCGUACAAAUGAUGCAGGCCCUCACCAAGGGCGGUGGUUGUGCACUAAGAAGACUUUAGCAGGUUGAGUCUAUGAUUGUAUUCCCGCCAACCCCUUUCCGUCGUACAAAAAACACAGCCACAACAGCUCAUCUUUGCUCAACCACGACAAUGGCCCAC